CAAUGGUUCAGUCAAGAAGAAGUGAAAGUUCGGGAAGAUGACUUGAGAUGGCAGAUACGUUUUUUGGCUUUGAAACCGACUCGUCGGCAUUAGGAGCUGGCAAGUUGGGGGAGUUUGAAGACAUUUAUGAGCCACUAGAGGAAGAGAUAGAUCAGUUGAAUGAUGAAACAUUUGGUGCAGGAGCAGAAGAUGGAGACUGGGAAGAGCAGCACGAGAAGUUGGCAGGGAAGCUUAUUGAGCCAGGACUUGACAAGCAUGGCGGGAAAUUGUCUCUCCUAAGUCCAGAGGAGCAAUUAGAACAGAACAUCAGUCAGCUAGUGGUAGAAGAUGACGACGACUUCAAUGACCCAGCUGUUAUCAACGUUUCCAAAGGCAGGGCAAUCCCCAGGGGCCCUCAGGAUCUGGAUGAGCUGUUUGGUCCAUCCUCUCCACCUGCUUUUAUGGACAUGGAGACCCUGGUUUCUCCCACCAGUCGGAAUAUUUGGGGUUCGCCUGCCAAGGAGUCCCACUUCACGAAGCAAGUCAACAAUAUCCAGAGUCUGUUUGACUAUGCAAAAGCAACGAGAACACCAACAUUUGAUGAACCGGCUGUUGUGCGCAGUAAACCAGCAGUCACUGGGAAUCUGCCCAAGGCCAUGACCCUGGAGGAACUGGAAGGACGGAUUCUGGGUAGCCGGGCCCCGAAAGUCAUAUCAGCGGAGGAUUUAGAGCGACAGCUUAGAGGGGAGGGACUGCCGAUGAGGACUCACAAAACCCACCAGGAAUAUCACCACCAGCCCAUACAGGAGCACUCCACCCCCUUCUCCAUGCCGAUGCCUAUCCCACUGUUACAUGGCCGCACAUCACCCGCUGACUUCCAUCAGCCUCCUCAGUUGCCUGCAGGGAUGAGCCCACUCUCCAGGAAUUCUCUAGACGGCAGGAUGUCCCCUGCCCAGGUCGUACCCCGAGGAAGGAUAACUCCACCAGUACCCGGGAUUGGUUCUCCCAUGAUGCCUCACACCCCACCAUUCAGCAGAGGAUCUCCCAUGAACAUCCUCGGCCGUUCUCUUUCCCCCUCCCCCAGUUUUGAAUACCUCUCCCCAUCCCCGCCCCUCCCUCACCAUUUCCUCUCCCCCCAUAUCCAACCACAGUUUAACCCAAACUUCACUCUUGGAAUUAUUGGCACCAGAGCAGCAACGCCAAAUCAGUUUGUCCCAGGCAUGCCCAAUGGAAUGCCCCACGCCAUGGUCGGGGGAAGGGGGAUGCCGUACGGAAGCCCUGGGGCACAGAGCCCAUACGGCAGUCCUGUCGCUCCACCCAGAAUUCCGUACCCAAUGCCAUACAGUGACCCAGCACAUCUGGUAAGGAAUAGAGGCAUUCAGCAAUCACAGCAGCUCCAACAACAACACCAGUUCAACAGAUCGUUACAUAAGCAACCCUUUAACUUUCGCCCAAGACCCACGAACGGAAACUUUGUCCUAAAAGAAGUAGACGAAUAUGCAGGACUGAUGACCAAGAAGGAAAAGGAUUGGAUAAUAAAAAUCCAGUUAUUACAACUCCAAACAGAAAACCCAUAUCUUGAUGAUUUUUAUUACACAAAUUAUACAUUAAAGAAGAAGGCUCGUGAAAGACUUGCAAGAGAAAAACUUGAAGGAAAUAAAACUGGAGAAGAGGAUCCCACAUUGGUUCUCCCAGCCCUGGCUAAAAUAGAGGCAAAAUCCUACAGACCAGCUCAGUUUGAAGGCUCCCUGGGCCGCCUGACCUCCUCCAGUGUUCACAACCCUCGGCAGAUCAUUGACCUCAAACCUCUUAUGGUGCCGUCAAACGAGCCGGAGGGACAGACAAAGAGCGUCAGUAAGGAACUCCGCAAGUUCAGGCAACUCCUAAUGGAUAUUGAAAAGUGUUACAUCGUACUGUUGGAAAUAGACGACAUUGAAAAAAGGGUUUUAGCUUUGCCAGAAGAAUCAAGGAAACCUUUGCUAGAGGAAAGAAAAGCUAAAAUUGUUCAGCUUUACCGAACAGUGUGUUGUCCAGAAAAGAAGGAUGAGAUUCUUGGAGGACUUUUGACUGUGAGAAAAGGCAGAAAAUUACUGGCAAGAAUUAUACCCUUAUUAGACCAGGAACAAUCCAUCAAAAUGGCAGGGGCAGUGCUCAGGAACAUCCCUACAUUGAUGAAGAAGGAUGUUCUUGAUGAUUCCUUACCGCUGUUGUUUGGGUCGUUAGCCCUGGUGAUCAGUAACUGUGAUUUAGAGGCUCUCACCACACUCACACUGGACCUACAGACCUCUACCAAAGCCGUCUCCAUGGCCUUACAGAACAAGUUUGGCAGCUCUGUGAUCUACACAUUGUUGGCUCAGGGUGAUACAAUUUACUGCAGUACCUCAGUUAUUGACCUGGACAGUGAGCAUCAGUCCACAUGGACGCAGUUUGUACAGAAUGUGGCCGAAGCAGUGGAUUCCAUUUCAUUCUCGAACCUCUCCAAACAGGUGCCAAGUACCGCGCAACAGCAGAAGAAAAUCUGGAAACAUUUCGAAUUGAUGUUAAGUCCAGAGCUUCUAGCUUCCGUGGAAGAUAAAAUGAAGAACCUGGUGAUCAAAACUUCCUGAUAAAAAUACUGUUUUGUGAAAUGGCAUACCUCAUUGACAUUUGGUGAGGGAAGGCCAUCAAGAUUCACUAGUCCUUUAAUUUGAUUAUGACUUAAAGAGUACGAACAUAACACCCCGAGACUGGACAGCUGGUGAGCGGUUCAAAACUGCACUGGGUGACUUUGUAAGUGGGAGGACUGGCAUUAAUUGGACCCGUUGUGAGUGAUAGCACUGCACAUAGCACAUGCUGCUUGCGGUUUGCACUUUCUGUGGCUUCCUGGUGUGAGUUGUCAGUACACAGUAAGUGCUGUGCUUGUUUGCAAAAAAGGAAGAAUGUGUGAAAGACACUGUUAGUGAAGAUUUAGCAGAUGGAUCUAAUUAUCGAUGUAAAGAUUUACUUCAUUUCACUUUUUAUUUCU